AUGGACUACAGCGGCCCCCGAGAACUCCCCAAGGAGUGCGGCCUCGAGAUCCUCUCGUGGUCGCCUGCGAAGCAGGUGGCCAGAUGCCGGAGCCUCUGCAAGAGCUUCUACACCGCCACCCAGAGCCGGUCCUUCCACCUCUUACAGGCUCGCCGCGCGAAGGCUGACGCCGGUGUCUUCCUGCGCGGCCAUUUCGUGGGGUCCCAGCUCGUCUUCACGGACGAGAGCGCCGGCGUGCCCCCCGAAUCACUCCAGUUCCUGAGCUCCGGGAAUAAGAUUAUUCUCGGGUCCAACGGCGGGUUGGUCGUCCUGCUCGAGGACGGGCAGGAGGGGCCGGCCUCCUCGAGGCUCUUGCUCUAUAAUCCAGCCCGGCGGACGUCGUUGCCCCUCGGGCGUCCAGGCGGCGCGAAGAUCCUCAACAACAUGAGCGCCGGCGCCACCAUCCUGCUCGGCGAUGGAGUCGACAUGGACGUAGUCUGCGUCACCCCGACCGACUACUGGAGCUCCUUCAUGGAGUGCUGGCUCUACUCCUCCGGGGAGCGGAGGUGGAAGCUGGUGAGCGACAAGGUCUUCGUAGGCCCAAGAAACAUCAAGUCCCACCACCCCGUCCCCACUUCCAGUGGACUCAUCUACCUUACCUCAACCUGCGGGAGAUACCACAGGCAAGACCCCUACAUUGUCGCCGUUGACGUCAAAGUCGGGAGCUCCAGGAUUCUGCCGCUGCCGGAGAAGGCCGUCCUCGCUUCGGACGACGGCGACAUAGAGAUCGCAGUGUCCGGCGAUGGCUCUCUCAUCAGCCUGGUCGUCUGCAACGGGGCGUCCGAGUUCACCAUCUAUGACAUGAAGGAUCCCGACCGGUGGGUGUGGGAGGAGCGGGGCCUACAGGUGAACAUGACCUCCAUGGGGCUGGAGCCGCGGCCCAUCGGAGGGUUCUCGCUGGUGAACAGCGAUAUUCUUGUCUUCACGGUGGAGGAGUACGUCUACGUCUACGACAUGCACAGCGGCGGAGGCCGGAAGUUUAUAAGUCGCCUGCCUGGGUGCCGUUCCUACAUCUACUCGUAUGCCAACACCCUCCGACCUUGCGGGAGGUCAGAGGAGGGUUGA